AUGGCCUUGCCUUCCUGCGUAAGCCCCCCGCUCGCGCAAAGCCCUGCCCCGUGGAGCGAAGCAUCCGAACAGGUCACCAUGCCACAUUGCGCCAGAACGGAGAGAUCCAGCCCAUCAGCUCCUCCAUUGGCAGAGUGGCUGAUGCCACACUUCGAAACCAAGGUCGGUGGGUGGCUGUUUUCGUCGUGUUGCGCCAGAUAUUGUUGGUGUGCUGGUGCAUUUUCCUUGUUCUACCAAAGGCAGGCUAGCUACGGAGCUCUGGUUUACGUGUACUUUGCCAUUAUUGGGAUCAUGUACCAGCCUUAUCACACCUGCCAAGGUACAACAUUGUUUGUAUUCUCCGCAACGUUUGCCGUCCCCUUUCUAGAGACAAACCCGCUGGCGGGGCAGUGGCUCCGGAAAUUUGUGCUCCUGGAUGUGCUGGUGCCAUCUUACUUCUUCGCAGGCGUGAAUAAGCUACGAUACGAAGGGCUUUGGAGCAACAUUUCCGGCGAAUGGGUGGCCAAAGCCGUACGCCGGCAAGAGGAGUUAGAGCCUUCAGCGGCUGGCCUGGAUCGCUGGAUGGCCUUUGCUCCGGCGAUCUUGGCCUCGACACCUUGGCCUUUCACGUUGAUGUCCUGGGGCAAUUUCGUUGUAGAGCUGGUUCUUCCGCUGCUUGCCAUGCUGAGUGGUGCCAAUGAGGGCCAGAAGCAAGCAGCAGUGCGUUUCAUCUUUGGCCUUGCAGCAAUAUCUUUCCAUGUGAUUGUCUAUCUAAUGAUGGAUCUCAAUUUUCUGCUGCAGAUUCUGGUGCUCAUCUUUGCCAGCAACCCCUUGUACAUGGUUACAGCUUGUGAGCGUCAGGAGAAGCCCCAAGAAGUUGCCAUGUCUCUUGGAGACCGCUUCAGGGCAAUCUACGCCAUGGUCAUCCUGGUCUUAUGGUAUCCUGCAGCGCUGAUGUCCGACAUAGACCAUCUCACGGCUAAGAUGAAGCAGCACCAGGAGCACCUCCAGAAGCAAAACCUGGCCUUGCAGUUCUUGGAGAGGAAGGAGCCUGUGGAUUUUUCGGGCGACCCCGACGGACGCAUGUUCGUGAUGGUCUUCAAGAAGACACGGCCCGCGGAGGGGAAGGGCUUGGCAUGGCUGCUGCAGAAGGCUGAAGACUUGAAGCACACGGGCAACAGCUUCUACACCAACACGGCGCGGCACCGAGCGGCGCAGCAGAAGCCAGCGCUGAGCUCCAGCCCCAAAGUGGCGGCGCUCUGGAAGGCGGUGGGAUGCUACGUGCAGGCCUUGGACUGCUUUUCCCUGGCGCGCGCGGCGAUGGAAAACGCCGAGCAUGAGUGCCGCGAGCAGAAGGAGCAGCUCCGGAUGACCUCCUCGAGACUCUACUCGAACCUGGCGGCUGCCUAUUUAGAGCUGGCGCCCACUGCACAGACCUACCACCAUGCCAUGGUCAGCAUCAACCUGGCUUUGACCUGCGACCCCGAGUGGGACAAGGCCCAGGAGAGGAAGGCGAAGAUCCAGGCCGCGCUGGCAAAGCGCAGCGCCGACUCCUGA